AUGGAUGCCUCCUCUUCAUCCUCAUCAAAACGUUGUAAGUACCAAGUGUUCUUGAGCUUCAGAGGUGAAGACACACGCAAGGGCUUCACAGGCCACCUCCACGAAGCAUUAUCUGAUGCCGGAAUCCGCACCUUUCUUGACGACAACGAGCUAGAAAGAGCGGAAUUUAUAAAAACCCAACUGGAGCAGGCAAUCGACGGGUCCAUGAUCUCCAUAAUUGUCUUCUCCAAGAGGUAUGCCGAUUCCAGUUGGUGUCUUGAUGAGCUGGUGAAGAUCAUGGAGUGUAGAGAAAGAUUGGGGCAACAGGUUAUUCCAUUGUUCUAUAAUGUUGAUGCUUCAGAUGUCCGGAAACAAACUGGUAGGUUUGUGCAGGCAUUUGAGAAACAUGAAGCGGGCAUCUGUGAAGGUAAACAUGAGAAAGAUAAGGUACAGCGGUGGAGAAAUGCUCUCACUCAAGCUGCAGAUUUGUGUGGGGAAGAUCUUAAAAAUGCUGACAAUGGGCAUGAAGCAAAGUUUAUCAAGAAAAUUCUUGGGGAGGUUAAUAAGCAGUUGUACAGCAAAUACCAAUUAGACAUCGAACACUGUGUUGGAAUUACUUCUCGGCUGAACAAUGUUGUUCGCAUGAUUGAUAUUGAAAAUUCAGGUUCUAAGGAUGUUGUUCGCAUUAUUGGUAUUUUGGGGAUGGGCGGCAUUGGUAAAACAACGCUUGCCAAAACCAUUUAUAACAAAGUUGAACGUAUCUUUGAAGGUAGGAGUUUCCUUGCAGACGUGAGGGCAGUAAUUGCACACCAACCCAUUAAUGGUCUAGUUGGUUUGCAAGAGCAACUUCUAAAAAAUAUCUUGAACGUAUCUUUGAACGUUGAUUCUGUUGAUGUAGGGAUCACUGUGAUACAAGAAAGACUUUGCUGUAAAAGAGUACUUGUCAUAAUUGACGACGCAGAUGAUCUACACCAACUAGAAGCAAUAGCUGGAGCUCGUGAUUGGUUUGGUCCUGGAAGUAGAAUUGUUAUAACAACAAGAAAUCAACAUUUGCUAGACCAAGUUGGAGUGGAUAGCACAUAUAUGGCUCAAGAAAUGGAUGAGGAAGAAGCUCUAGAGCUCUUGAGUUGGCAUGCCUUCAAAAGAGGUUAUCCUGAUCAAGAAUACCUUGACCUCUCAAAACGUGUAAUUCGUUACUGUCAAGGCUUGCCAUUAGCACUUCGAGUUGUAGGGUCUUUUUUGAUUAAAAGAACCGCAUUAGAAUGGGAAAGCCAAUUGGAGAGAUUGGAAAGAAGUCCUCAUGAAGCAAUUACAAAAAUACUGAGAAUAAGCUUUGACGGGCUACCUGACCGUACAGACAGAAAUACAUUCCUUGAUAUAUCUUGUUUCUUUAUUGGAAUGGACAAGGACUAUGUCACACAAAUAUUAGAUGGAUGUGGCUUUUGUGCAACGCUAGGAAUCCCUAUCCUCAUUGAACGGUGCCUUGUAACUGUUAGUGAGCAAAACAAGCUGAUGAUGCAUGAUUUGCUUCGAGACAUGGGAAGAGAGAUCGUUCGUGAAAAUGCCCGCGGUCACCCUGAAAAAUUUAGUAGAUUGAGAAAACGUGAAGACGUAACAGAUGUAUUGAGAGACAAAUCUGGAACUGACGAAAUUGAAGGAGUUACUCUAGAUAUGCGAUGGCCUAACAGGGAACUGGCUAGAUUCCGUGCACAAGCAUUUACCAACAUGAAAAAACUGAGGUUACUCCUCCUCAGCAGAGUAGAGCUCACUGGAGAGUACAAAGAUUUUCCGAAAAAGUUAAUAUGGUUGUGCUGGCAUUAUUUUCCUCAAGAGUCCAUACCAGAUGACUUUCCUAUGCAACCAAAACUAGUUGCUUUAGACCUGCAGCAUAGCAAACUCAAAAUAGUUUGGAAGGAUUGCAAGUUGCAUGAGAAUUUGAAAAUCCUUAAUCUCAGCCAUUCCCGUAGGCUAACAAAAUCACCAGACUUUUCAAAACUCCCAAAUCUCAAGGAAUUGAUAUUGGAAUACUGUGAGAGUUUGUCUGAGGUUCACUCAUCCAUCGGGGAUCUUGGAAGACUUUCUUUGUUGGCUGAUGGCUUAGGGGACAUGGUAUCAUUGACAACUCUGAAAGCGGAUUACACAGCCAUAAGACAAAUACCAUCUUCCAUAUUAAAAUUGAAGAAUUUGAAAAUUUUAUCUCUAUCUGGCUGCAGGUUAACUGAGGAUGCAAUCCCAAGUCUCGCUGGUCUUUCAAAGCUCAAGGUUUUGUGUUUAAAUGCAUGCAGAAGACUACGUGCAAUCCCAGAUUUACCAACCAAUUUGUAUGUUCUGAAAGCAAAUGACUGCCCAGAAUUGGAAACACUUCCAGAUUUUUCAAAAAUGUGGAAUAUGAGAGAAUUGUAUCUAAGUGAUUCAUUCAAACUCACUGAGGUUCCAGGCUUGGAUAAGUCAUUAAAUUCCAUGACAAGGAUUCAUAUGGAAGGCUGCACCAAUCUCACUGCUGAUUUUAGGAACAACAUCCUACAGAGAUGGACUUCUUGUGGAUUUGGUGGAAUUUAUUUGAAUGGAAUUUAUGAUAUUCCUGAGUGGUUCAAAAUCGCCAAUGAUGUGGACUAUAUCAUCUUCGUUGAAGUUCCUCAAAGAAUCAUGGGCCGUGAUUUAAAAGGGUUGACUAUAUGCUUCGUUUACUCAGACAGGCGAAAACUCAUAGAUGUUGAAGUUCCUAUUUGCAUUAUCGUUAGAAAUCUUACCAAACGAACUGCUUUGCACACCAAGAUAGCAUUUGCCUCCAUAAGAACUUACAGAAGACCAGAAGACCGUUUGUUUUGGUGGAGACCUGACAACCGUUAUCUUUGGCAGAGACAAUUGUCAAACGGACCUGAAAACCGUUAUCUUUGGCAGGGACAAUUGUCAAACGAUGUGCUCCGUUUGGAAGGCGGUGACCGCGUAUCGAUUUUUAUAAUGCCUGAUGUUGAUUUUGUGAGAGUGAAGACAGGGGUUCAUCUAGAAUGGGACAAAGUCAUGAAGGAAAAUAUGGAUAAUCCAGAUCGUCAUUUGUAUGAUUGGGAAACAAAUGGGGAUUUUUGA